AUGAAAAAUCAAGAAACUACAACUAUUACAACAUCAUCAACGGAACCAGCUCAACCAUCAACAUCGUCUCCUCCUGCGUCUUCUCCUCCACACGCCAAAGACGACACAUCAACACCCAAAGAUCCUCAACGUGAGGAUAACGGUGUAGACGACACGACGAUCGCCCAAGCAGCUACUGGAUACUAUAAAACGCAUUCUUGCACAUCACAGAACGCUGCUGCUACUCCACAAGCCGAACCAGAGACAUCAACACGACGAGAACAUGAUGUUGAUGAGGGUAUAGAUGAUACAAACCUUGCUCAAUCAACUGCUGGAGGUGAUAUCACUGCUCCGAUGGCGUCAGAGAAAGAAAAUGGUAACGAUGAUGGACCUGUCUUGGCUGAUGUCCCUCAUCGUACAUGGGCAGCUGAUGUAAGGCAAUGGAUGGAAUGUGUACCUGAUGCAGCACUUGAGAAGGAGCUUUUCAACAGUGUUCGUGUCAAAUCGGGUUUCAACUUCAAAGAGUACACCACCAUCGAUGUCAGGAUCAAGGGUGAUGAUUUCCCAGACAAGAUUGACACUUUCGCCGGAAUCAAACUACAUCCUCAAAUGGUUGCAAACCUGAAACUUUGCGAUUAUGAAGAACCAACUCCCAUUCAAAAGUAUGCAUUGCCAAUCAUCAAUGCUCGUCGUGACCUUUUGGCUUGUGCUCAGACUGGAAGUGGGAAAACCGCUGCUUACUUGGUACCUAUCACCAACAAGCUGUUGUUGAAGGGCCAAAAGAAAAUGGAUUCAGGCCCCAUAAGUCAACUUGGGCUUAGGUACCCUAUUCCAGCUCCACUCGCUCUCAUACUUUCUCCAACCCGUGAACUGGCAGUACAAAUCUUUCAAGAAGCACGCAAGUUUGCUUACGACACCUGGGUUCGUCCAGCUGUAGCAUAUGGUGGAGCAGGCACAAAUCCCUUGUUGGACCCCAUGCGCAAAUAUGGUUGUGAUGUCUUGGUGGCUACUCCAGGACGACUUGCUGACUUUGUCUCGCGUGGUGUUAUCACAAUGCAAAAGGUCAGAUUCUUGGUUAUUGAUGAGGCUGAUCGAAUGAUGGAGUCUCAAUUUCUUGACGGAGCUUUGCGCUUCAUUGUCAAAGAAUCUAGCAUGCCUGAAGCAGACCUGACUACCUGCAUGUGCAGUGCAACCUUCCCAGUGGAUUUACGAAGGAUGGCCAAACAAUUCUUGGUCGAUCCAUUGUUGGUCACUGUUGGGGCGGUUGGAAAGGUUCCUUCUGACAUUGAGCAAAUGAUUCAAUAUGCAGAAGAUGGAGAGAAGCGUGAAACCUUGAUGUCCUUGUUUGAGGAAGAAAUGGAUGGAUUGGCUCUAAUCUUUGUUGCUACCAAGAUGGGAGCUGAUUCCUUGGACGAUUGGCUUUACAAACAAGGAGUGCCAAUCACAUCCAUUCACUCUGGUCGCACACAAGAAGAACGUGAAGACUCGAUUGCUGCUUUUCGCAAGAAUAAGUGUCCAUUGAUGAUUGCUACUGAUAUUGCAGCUCGUGGUUGGGAUAUACCAAACGUCACUCGAGUCAUCAACUUUGAUAUGCCAAACAGCAUUGAUGAUUACAUUCAUCGUAUUGGACGAACUGCUCGAGUUGGAAACAAGGGCACGGCAAUAUCCUUCUACAACAAUAAGGACGCCCAACUCGCUCCAGACCUCGUCCGAAUCCUCAAAUCAUGCAACCAACCAAUCCCAGACUUUUUGGCCGAAGAAGUACCCAUGGAUGACGAAGGCGAAGAAGGAGCCGAAUCUCCUGUUGAUGAACUCAAACUUGAAGAUUUCGAGGAACCUCCUCCUGCAGAUAAUAAUGCAACUUGGAGUGGAUUUCGAGAUCCUCCAGCAAAGGAUGCUGCCGCUGCUGCUGAUGGUGACGGAGGAAAAACUGGUGGAAGUGCUUGGGAUGCAGGAUCUACUGCUUAUGCUGCACCUCAAGACUUAGUUUGGAAUGGAGGAUCUGAAUUUUGA